UUCUCUCGACCGGAAGCACGUGUUAACGUUAUUGGGCUGACUUUUCUAUUUACAUUUUUGUUUUCCGGAAAGGAUCGCCCUUGUAAACCAAUAAUGCUAUUGAAACAAAGCAUUGAGUAAAUCUUGAUUUGAUGUAGACGUUCUUAAGAGGUUGAGAAGAUCUCAGAGUUUAAGACAGCUUUAGAUGACACUAAUUAUCUGAUCGUCGUAUCUCGAGGAAAAAAAUGUCGGGUCAGCAUGAAACACAGGAUCAAAAGCCAGAUUCAUCGGAUGAGCCUCCUAAGGAAUACAUAAAACUGAAAGUUGUGGGCCAGGACAGUAGUGAGAUCCACUUUAAAGUGAAGAUGACAACACAAAUGGCCAAAGUGAAGAAAUCUUACAGUGAAAGACAGGGUAUACCAGCAUCCUCUUUACGAUUCUUCUUUGAUGGCAAGCGCAUCAAUGACCAUGACACACCAAAAGAUCUUGAAAUGGAGGAUGAUGAUGUGAUCGAUGUUUACCAUGAACAGACAGGAGGAGACAACUCUUGGCCCAGUCACUGCCUUAUAACGCCCUUAACAAGUCAUCAGUCUCUACUCUAGCUACCUCUUUUAAACAAAAACAAAAAAGAACAUGAUGUAAUUUCUGAAACUGCAGGGCUUGGAAUACUUUUUUUUAUUGCUGUACCUUUUUCAUCCUGGGUCAUUUUUCAAUUUAUACAUGUAUAACACUUUUAGUUAUCUCUGAAGCACUACCGUACAGUGUUCAUGUAAAUUUCAUAUAUAUUUGGAGGUGAAAAAUUAUCAUAGUAAUUUAAUAUGAGCAUAUUUAAGUUUUUAGAUAUUUAAAAAAUUUUAUUUGGGGACUUUGGUAUAUGUUACCAUGCUGUGAAAUGUACCUUCUCUGAAAUUUUCUAGGAACAUCUUUUAUGUAUAGAAAACAAAUUUGAUCAAAUUCAUUGGUGAUAUUAAAAGCUUAAGAAUUGAUGAAAAAUUUGAAAGGUAUGCAAGAAUGCAUGCAUUGAUCAUGUUGAAAUAACUCAAGUUUGUCAGCUAAGGCUGAUCAAGUUUUGUCAAAAUUUGGUUGUAUAGUUAAAGGGAAACAACUCCAAAUUUGUGAAGAGCACCAAGUAUUUAUUUGUACCAUAGUUAAAUUCUAUGCUACACAAAAUUUUAUAUUUCAAUCAGACAAAAAAAAAAAAAAAUCUGCAUUAAUUAAAGUUUUCAUAGUAAUUUGAUUUAAAAC